AACAUUUAACAUGGCUACAAGUCCCGAGGAAUAUGCUGACUUUCAAGCUCAUAUUCUUAAUUCCGUUAAACACUACCGAGAUAUUCAAAAGAAAGAAGGAGACGUUUCUCCUAUUGCUGAAUGUCUUAUAAGAUUAGAAGGUCAUGAAGUAAUAGACUUUAGCUCUCAAUAUGGUAGCGAAUCGAGUAUUUCUUACGUCGCCUACAAUCUGGCUGGAAAAGCCUGCGUGUUUCCAUCAUAUGGGGACUACACCCAAGCUUGCGUUUUUGUAAGUGAAAGUGCAUUUUAUUUAUAAGAAUGUUAUGAACUAUGCAGAUUUUUCAUUACUAUCUACUAUACUAAAAUCAAAUCAAUGAUAAGGAGCCAUCCAUAUAUCAUAUGUAAUAAAUUACCAUUCACUCAUGAGUGGAUUAGUGAGGAAGUGGAGGUUGUUGACUGAGACUCUGAGACUGUCUCUAACUCUAAAAUUACUAUCGCUAUUAAAGCCAGCCAACUGUCACGUACAAAUCUGUGGCUAAUUUUGAGAGAUAGCACACCCACGUCAUUUGCUUGUUUUGCUCUUGGUUCCGAUAGGGUCAAAACCCUGGUUCCAGGCUAAAGUUAAAGGGUCAAAAUCCUGGUUCCAAAAGUGAAAGGGUCAAAACCCAGGUUAGAGAUAAUCCAUAAGUUUAGGGUUCAGGUUAGGUUUAGGGAUACAUUUAAGACAUAAGUUCGCGGUCACUGCAACCAAGAUGGCGGCCACGGUGCCAUCUCUCCAAAUUUACCAAACCUGUCUCUAAAAUUAAUAUCUCCAACUAUUUUCAAAAUGAAAGAGGAUAUAUGUAGGAUAAAACUUAACAAUAAGUAAAAUAUAUUUGUAUUGCAAUAUAGUAUAAAUAUGUUUAAAUUUUGUCAUCCAAAAAAAGUAAUUAUAUCCUGAAUUGGGGACCAAUAGACCACUAUAUCUUUCAAAUUUAUAUCAAAUGUGUUCUCUUGACAUACUUUAACCCUGUUCCUCCAUAUAUAUUCACACAUUAUAAUCAUUAUAAGGAUCUUAACAUGUGUCUGUGGCUACUGCUUGUUGUGCUAUUUAACUGCUUUCAAGGUACUCUCUAUCUUUUGUGUGUUCGCAAUAGUGAUGAGAUUGACAAAGUUGAAAGAGUUAUUAACUGUUGGAUUAUUAAGGCCAGGAAGUGUCCCAAUGGCUGUUUACGCAUGCCAUUGAUCUGAAAUGAUGGUUGUACUGGGGAAAUAUGUGUGCCCUGAUUAUAGACAUCAGUGUUGCAGCUGUCCUAAUUGGCACAUUGAACAUGAAACAUUCACCUGUUUCAUGGAAAAUGCCACCAAAUGACCCAGUGACUAUAUGUCUUCUUGAAAUCUUCAAAUUGUCUCCCUGUAAGGCAUUUGCCACAAGUUAGGAAACACUGGUUCACAGUUACUUUAAUUGAUUUAAUUGUAUUGCAUGUCAUAAUCGUUUAUAAAUAAAAUGAUUUGGGGGAGGGGGGGUGAGAGCUCAUUUCAUAGGAGGUGCCCAAAAAUUAUGUUAGCAACAUGGGCUAGGGGGUCUACCAAAUUAACCUUUUUUGCAUAAAUAAUAUAUGAAUGGACCCUUAAUUAAAUUAUUUGCUGAGAAUAUGAUUGUGGGAAAUAAAAGAAAUGAGGUAUUAAAUUUCAGAGAACCUAUGGGCCAUGGUGGAACAUUGCCCCUUCUGGUAGGAUUAAGUAUCGUGGUACGCCCUCUGAAUUUGCAAGUGAAGAUUUUAUUGGUAAGUUUUGGCACUUUUUAUUUUAGUUUUUUAUUUUCUUACUGAACUGAUUAAAAUGAGAAAAAGACGAAGUAUAACAUUCGGCAAUAGUUUUUGUUUAUUAUCAUGUAUAGAAAAAGUAAAUUUAUUUAUAUAGAAUUAUUUUUUGUGUGAUGCUCACAUAAAAAAUAGGGGAAAGUAAGAAAUUUAAUUUUGUACAUAUUCAUUAUUCAUAAAUCAAUAGAGAUCAAUACAAGGACAGUCUUAAUAAGUUUAAAAGUAUUAUAUAUUACAAAACAAAAAUACAUGUUUUUAUUAAUAUUUUUGUUGCAAAUAAUUCCGUCUCCCCCACCCCAGAGAUAUCUUUUGCAGAAUAUCUCUACCCAGUGAGAAUUGAAGUUUAUGAGACAUACAACCCAGGGGCAAUAGUUCGAAUCCUUGCAUGUGAUAGAGCAGGAGGCACUGAUGCUGACAAGGGACAAAUAACGUAAGCUCAUUAAAAUCAUCAUAUAGUUUAAACUAAUAUAUUCUAAAUAAUAUGACAUUGAGUGAACUUUAAAAAAAAAAUUAAUAGACAUAUCAUAAAUAUCAAGAGUACCAAAACUCUCAAGGUCAGAUUUUUUUAUUCCUCUACAAAUAGCCAUGAGCUAUUACAAGAGAUAUCUAAAUUUCCGCAGCAUUAUAUUUACAAGCAGUGGCGUAGCUAGGGGGUGGGGACCGCACAGGAUGACACCAUUUUAAGGGUGACACCCAAUUGAAAAAUUGCAUAUUUACAGAGCACACACUGCUUGGUCUAAGCGAGAUUCAUGAAAGGAUAACUGAUCACAAAUGUAACCAAUCCAAACGCAUGCUUUAUUAAAAGUUCACGGUUGAUGCGUCAGAAAUGAGUUGACCCUAUGACUAGGUCAGAAAAACACAUUCAUUAUUCAAGGCCGAUUGAAGUGUUCGGUAACUUCCGCAAGUGACAGAAAGCUAUAUUUAUUUAAAUUCUGAGAAAUAAGACUUUCCAUUGAUACCAAAUACGAUGUGGUUGGGCAAUUCAAAGUACAAGAAUCGAAUUGGUAAAAAUUUAAAGCAUAAUUUUUACCCAUUUAUAGGGUUAAAAAAAGAUAUCAUUUUACACAAUUUUAAUCUUGUUUAUUUAAAGUUUUUUUAAAAGUUUUUUGAAGACAUAUAUAUUAUACAUCGAAACCCAGAAAUACAAACAAAUUUAAUAUUUUCCCCGAUUCGUCACUAGUACCACCCCUUAACUUUUGAGUACCAUUGUCAUAUUUUGACUGGUGGGUUUUACCUGCCACCUUUCUGUGUUCUAUUUUGCAUAGUGUAGUAAGUAAUUAUUUUGUUUGUUGUCUUGAAAACGACAAAAUUAAAGUAUUUUUAUUGUUAAAGAUUAUUAUAUCAUGCCACACGGCCUGUACAACUCUAAACACCCAACUGGCUGCCAGGAGUGAAAAGCAAAAAAUAAAAUUAGUGACACACUUAAGUUACUACCAGGAUGCAUGCUUCGUAAUGUCAAGAAACCAAAUGAUGACCAGGCUCAGGGUUCAUCAAAAGACUUUCCUCUGCCUACCAUUGAUACUGAUUCCCUCUAUAUCAGUAGCAUGCAUUCCAUACAGCAAAUAUUGGAGAAAAUUAAAAAGAUUGAUAUGGACAUUCAAGUAAAAGACAUGGAUGGUUUGGAAAUGUCUGCUGAUAAUAUUGAUUCCAACCAAGAUAGGCCUACUGUUUAUGUAAUGGUUAAUGACAAAAACAUGCACAUUUUAUCAGAUGCUUCCCUCUGGAAUGUACCAGUUCCAGAUCAUUUAUGGAGUACCUCGUCUCAGAAAAAGGAUGGACCAUUCAGCGUAGUGCCUAGGCAAGAUUUGAAAUAAAAAGGAGGUGUGCGUCAACUAAUAAAACAAUGGAUCUACGGGAUGAUGCAAAAUAGUGCGGUCGUGGAUGGUUUAUUCACUCGUCAGUCAGACAUUGUAUUGUUUUUGCUGCAGAUUGUUUUCUGUUAAUGUUACAGAAACAACAUCCAAAAUUUUUACUGGUUUUGAUAAGUGGUGGAAACUGAUCCCAAAAUUACAAAAACAUGAAGCAUCGGAAGAUCAGCUAUGUUGCCUUGGCAGCAGGACUUAGGAUACACAAGACAAUCGAUGCCGAAAUUAUUGAUGUGAUGGACAGGGAGAAGAAAAAGUGGAGGGAUAUUCUGCACAGGUUGCUAGAUACAACAUGGUUUCUUGCAAAGCAAAAUCUGGCAUUUCGUAACCACAACAAAGAUGAAUAUUCACUGAAUAAAGGAAAACUUUCUUGAAGUGGUUGAGUAUGACCCAUUGCUAAAAGAGCAUCUCAAGGAGUACAUCUACAGAAAAAGCAUCCACAUCUCACCUUUCAUCAGAAACCCAAAAUGAAUUUAUAAAUGUCCUUGCAAAUCAUGUGAAGGAGAUUCUUAUCAUGGAUAUAAAGAAUGUGAGGUAUUUUGGAAUUAUGUUCGAGAGUACAUCAGAUGUAUCACACAUUGACCAGAUGUCUGAAGUGAUCUGAUAUGUGAAAAUUCACAAUAGGAAUAUUGAACUGAGAGAAGUGUUUCUUGUAUUUUUCCCGUUAAGAGGUAAAAAAAUCUGAUUACCUAAGUUCUGACAUUCUUACAAAACUAAAACGUGAUGUAUUAGACAUAAUGAUGUACAGAGCUCAAGUUUACGAUAAUGCUGGCAAAAUGUCUGGAAUCCAUGGAGAUGUUCAGGCCAUUCUGAAAAAAAAAAUAAGAAGAAAGCGAUUUUAAUGGAUGUGUUGACCAUUCACUAAACUUGCGUGGUCAACACUUGUUUGCCGAAAAUGCUUCAUAUAUUACAUUUUUUGUUACUCUUGAAAGAAUAUUUGUCUAUCUUUGCUGCCUCCACUCAUCGAUGGAAUUUUCUAAUUGAACAUACUGGAAUGUCGGUGAAAAGACUGUCAACAAAACAUGGGAAUGCUCAUCACGCUGCUGUUGAGACAGUGAAAGAUGAGUUUGAUGAAUGUGUGGAGGCGAUUGAAGCUCCAUGUGAUCCUCUUGAAAAUUUGGAAACAAGAGGUACAGCACAAGGUUUUUUUUUUCAUGCUGUCUGUGAUUACACGUUCAUCUGCUACCUUUACCUUUGGGCUGAUUUACUUAAGGAAGUUUAUCUUACACUGCAGUAUCUAAAGACUAAAGGGUUUACUUUACUCUCUACAAAGUGGUGACCAACCAAGAGGUCUUAAAAUUGUUUCUGCACAAAAAGUGCUGUCAAUUUAUAGGACAUGUUAUUGGAAAAGCACUUUAAAAUUCAGACAAGUUUGGGGUUUCGGUAGAGAGAAGAUUAAGUUUUAAGAAGAGAAUGGCAGGAGAACAAUUAAUAGAUGCUGGACUCUCUCUGCGAGAAGAAAACAGUAGAGAGAUGCUGGAGUGUAUUGAUCACUUUCAUUCUGAAUCUCAGAUCAGAUCAUCAGUGAUCAAGGAAGUUGUAGAUAUGUUUGUGGUUGUUCAACCCAAGAGUCUAGUAUCAGCAAGUGAAGAAGAGUUAUUGAUGUCUGUUCCAAAAUUAACCUCUUUCUCUGAUUAACUUUUAAAAGAAAUACCAAGGCUUAGAAGACACCUAAUUGCAGCUGAUAAUGAAUUUCACAAAGUUAUGGGCUGGUCAGUAUUUGAUGUUUUGAAAUUCAUAGCUGAAUGGGACUUCUUAGAAUCUCUUCCAAAACUGUUGCUAAGCUAAGCCUCAACUUUUUCUUAUGAUCUGUUUGUCUCUUGCUUCACGUGAGUGGAGCUUUUCAAAACUAAGGAUUAUCAAGAACUAUUUAACGAUACAACAUGGGACACUCAAGGCUUUCUGAUCUGGCUCUACUACUACUAUCAAUAGAAAUUGACAAGAGGAAGGAUAUUAAUUUUAAUCAAGUGAUUGACAGGUUGCAGCAUUGAAGUCCAGGAAAGGAACAUUUUCAAGUACAUUUAUGUAAAAAUAACUAUAACUUAAUGUUUUUACAGUUCUUAAAUACAUUUACCUUUAAUUGAUUUGUUUUUGUUCUUGUCAUUGUUAUACUCUGGAUUUAUUUUAACAAGAAUAAAUCUAUCGUGAAAGUCAUGGGAGGGGUGUGUGUGACACCAUGAGUUUACCGCACUGAGUGACACCAACCCUAGCUACACCACUGUUUACAAGAGGAAAACACACACACAAACAGGAAAGGGGGGGGGGGGCAAUUAGUUGAAAGAUGUUGGGCACUCAAAUAGGGUUUUAUUUUUAAAAACUAUUCACUUAAAUAAGCCUACCAUGAUAGCUGGGGAAAAGGUUAUUUUUAAAAAUGGAAAAAGCUACACCACUGUUUACAAGAGGAAAACACACACACAAACAGGAAAGGGGGGGGGGGGCAAUUAGUUGAAAGAUGUUGAGCACUCAAAUAGUGUUUUAUUUUUAAAAACUAUUCACUUAAAUAAGCCUACCAUGAUAGCUGGGGAAAAGGUUAUUUUUAACAAUGGAAAAAUCUCAAACAGGAUUGAGAGUUGGAAAGAAGCAGACAAUACUUCUUAAUUUUUAACAGUGGUAUGAGGAAAGUAAUGAAGACUUUCAUUAAAACUUAUCUUCUGAAAAGUAAUAUUAAAAGCUCUCUUAAAUUUCAAUAUUUAUCAUCAAGAUAAAAGUUAGAUACGAUUUUUUUUUUGUUGCUUCUAUGACUUCUAUAAGCUUUAUUUGUGACCUAAAUGAUAAUCCCUUUUUUUGUCUCUACAUUUAUGUACAGAAAUGUAUUGUGACUUUGCAACCCACCCUUUAAACUUUAAGUGACUGUGGCUUUUACUUGCACUUUAUUCAUUUAUUUAUUUAUCAAUAUUAUAUUUUAGGUGGGUGACCUUGUGGAGAGGUCAGCCUAAGCCUUGCAAACAACGGCCAAGGAUUUUUGCACCUCACUUGAAAAAGAUCAAUUUUGCCACAAAGUAAGGUUGUACAACAAUGGCAUAGUGUGGGUUGUCAUUGCAUAUAGCAAGCUCUUCUUGAUUCUUUUCCUCGAGUCCAUUACCAAGAUUUGUGCACAUUUUUAAACUAUGUAUUGAAAUCUCUCAUGUUAAAAAAUAAAAAACUAGCAUUCAAAUAUUUGGAGAUAUUCUGUGUGAGGAGAAGCUAUUAUUAUUAGAAAUUUUUUUCUUUUGAAAUUUAAGACCUUGGAAAUCGUUGUGUCCCCCCACACUGCACCACUACUUUCUGUUAUAAAACAUAAAAUUUAAUAUUUAUGGCUCCAACCUUUUUUACCAGUUUGGAUCAGUUUUCUUUAAAACAACAUUCUUUUCUUCGAUAUACUUAUAUUAUGAUAUUUUUACAAUUGACUUAAUCUUUUAGACUAUACUAUAACAGUAAAUACCCCUUUGUUUUAUCUAACCCCAUAAUGAUCACUUUUUCAUUAUUUGGCAAUAUUUAACAUUUCUCAGUUUGAUAAGGUUAGAACUGAACCACCAUCAUUUAGAUUACUACACAGAGUUAGAUGGCAUAAAAUUGAUUGGAACCAAGACACCACCUUGCAGUGAUUUCUACAUUCACCAGCCGGUGCUGUCUGUAGAUGAUGCAGAUCCAGAUAUAACUUUUGAAUUCUGUGAAAGGGAUGAAGGGUUUAGAAAAGGUGCGUACAUUUUAGAGAUGUUUGUCAUAGCAUAUAUGUUUUCAGCAUUUAAAUUUCAAUUUUUUAGGCAUUUUGAAAUGAAUUAUAAAAGAAUGUUAAGGUAUUAACUAUUGCUAGAUAAAAUUUGUUCAAAUGAUCUACACUUGUGCAAUUUAAAAUAAAUCUGUUUAAAAAAUGCUUUUUUUUCUCCAAAUAUAUUUUUAAGUUGAAUUUAAAUGUGUUUAAAAUUAAAUUGUUUAUUAUUAAUUAACAAUGGUUUAUGUAAGGUCUUCCCAAAUCCUCAGUUGAUUCUUCCACAAAAUUUUAUUUUGAUAUCAUUGGUGCUGAAAAGAAAUUGAUUUGUUACAAAUUUAUUGCUGUAAUAAUUUUUAGAAUCCUAGGAUCCACUAAGUUUAAUGCUAAUUUUUUAAUUAACGAGUAUAAUUAACUCAACCAGGGGACCAUCAACAAGAAACGAGUCAAGAUAAUCAAAGUAUUAUCACAAACAAUCAAGAAAAUCUAAGUUCUGAAGUGCAGCUUAGUAAUAGCAUGGCUUAUGUCUUCAUAGAUGCAGAAGAGAGUUCUUUUUUCACACUUUUACCUGUAUGUUGAUAACUGAAAUAUCUUUAUAAAUCUUUAAUUUCACUAAUGAUGGUGAAUAGUGCCAAAAAUUUUAGCCUUUUUUGACACUUGGAAUAAGUUAAAAAUGUGGAAAUAUUUUAGAAUGUUUUAAAUUAAAAAUUACCUCUGUUUUUUUUUUUUCAAAUGUAUGGAAAAUGUAAUUGAUUAAUGGUUUAUUGUUAUUAAGGUAGAUAAUCACUGUUCUAAGUUACAUUUUUAAAAAAAAUUAUAUCUGAUACAAAAUUCUCAAAAUUGCCUACCAUGUUUGUUUUCAGAAAGAAAUUGUUCACCUUAUUCUGUCAUACUUGGAUCUUCAAGACCUAUGUCGGCUUGCUCAAACUUGCAGGUUUUAUUUUCAAUAUGUCUGUUGUAGUUUUUAUAAUGUUUAGACAAGUUAUCAGAAUUUUUUUUUGAAUGCCAAAUGUUUGAUUUUUUGCACUGUUCUAUGUUGUUUAGGGGUAAUAAGGGGAGAGACUGCAAUCAGGUUUUAUAAAAUAAAAUGAGUAAAACAAAGUAGGGUUAAACCUGAAAAAAUAAACGCAACAAAACAGCGAACAUGUCGGCAGAAAGCCUUCGUCAACGUACAAAACAACAGAAAAAAAGGGAUACAAAUAAAAAUAAGAAAUAGCACUUAGCUGGUAAGUAGUAUCUGUGGGCAGCAAUAGAAGUGUCAUAGUUAUCAACAUACAGGUAAAAGUGUGAAAAAUUACACUUCUAUUGCUGCCCACAGAUAUUACUUACCAGCUAAGUGCUAUUUCUUAUUUUUAUUUGUAUACCGUUUUUUCUGUUGUUUUAUUCACUGACGAAGGGUUUCUGCCGACACGUUCGCUGUUUUGUUGCGUUUAUUUUUUCAGGUUAACCCUACUCUGUUUUACUCAUUUUAUUCUCUGUUGUUAAUUUCAUUUCAUGGAAACAUUUACAUAGAAUCAAAGAGAAAAUUAAUUUGAAAUUUUAAUUCACUUCUCAGCAUUCAUUCCAGAUAAGCUAUUCCCAAUUAUAAAAAAAUUUACUCGAGAAUAAUAUUUCAAUGACAUUUUUAUGUAUUUCAGCCAUAUGAAGGCACACUGUUAUGACCCCUAUUUAUACACAGAUUUGAAUCUUCAGCCCUUCUGGACACAAGUAUGUGCUUGAAUUACCAUUUAUUUUCCCUUCUGGACCCAAGUAUGUGCUUGAAUUUUCAUUUAUUUUCCCUUCUGGACACAAGUAUGGGCUUGAAUUAUUUAUUUUCCCUUCUGGACACAAGUAUGUGCUUGAAUUACCAUUUAUUUUCCCUUCUGGACACAAGGAUGUGCUUGAGUUAUCAUUUAUUUUAACAAGAAUAUCAGCAGAGAUUUUAUGAAUUAUUUGGCUUUUCCAUUUACAAGGUGCAACACAUUAACUUAAAUGUUAAUUUGAGAACUUAAUUAAGUCUACCACAAUUAACCAACAAAAAGAGAUACUGAAUCGCAUUUACAUAAUUUGAUAUUUUAUAAUUUAAUAUUAUCUAGUUCAAGUAUGUUAUUAAUGAUACCAAAAUGUCUGCAUAUUCAAUUACUUAAUUUUAUAUUUUUACAGGUAUCAAGUUCAAGUAUGUUAUUGAUGAUACCAAAAUGUCUGCGUAUUCAACGUCUUAAUUUGUCAUGGUUAGGAAAAGGUGGCCAUAUGUUCCUUGCUCAUUUGAUUACGUGAGUUGCCAAAUCAUCAUCUCUCACAUUUAUAGUCUCCAGGCUGUCAUUCCUUGCAGUUAAAUGUUCAUUGUCAAAGCUAUUUACUAAUUAUUGUGCUUUAUUUAUCAUUUUUAAAUUUAAUUUACUACAAUUUUUUUAAAAUAAUUAGAGAUUCCAAUUAUCAGAGCAGAUAAAGCAGUAAAGUUGUUUUUUUAAAAAUGUUUUUGGACCUCAGUGUUGAUGUUUGUGUUCAGAUCUAUUUUUGACUAGGGACUUGAUGAUUUUAUCACUGCAUUACAACACAACAUGCACAAAGUUCUUUUCAGGUCUAUAAAGUCAAUUAUAAGUCAGUUAUAUUACGCUGGCAACUUUUUGUUACACCACACAAGACUAAUUCUUAUAGAUACAAAAUAUGCACUGUAACUGAAAUCAACUGGCAUGACACUGAGUUCUGCUGAACAACAUGAGCUGGAGGAGACUAACAAAUACAAGGAAUCACACUGGACUGAAAGAGCCACCCACUAUAUUUGACCUCUCGCUCUCUCUCUCUCUCUCUCUCUCUCUGCUAUUCACUCUUGCUCUCACUUAACCAUUUCUUUUUAUUGAUUGCUCAACCUUUCAUCCAACCUGCAUUGAGACACCCGACAACCAGCUCAAAAUUUAUUUUGGCAACACUAGCACCACAUUCAACACACAGUGAUUAUAAUGUAAUGCGUUGUCUGUUUUCACUACUAUCAUCGCAGUUGUUUUUUUAAAAUAAAAAUGUUAUGGUCUAACAUUCAUGGGCACUAAAAAAAAAACGUAUCUAGUUUAAAAUUUUGGACACUUCGGAUUUAUUUUUAUACGGAUUAUUAGAAGCGCAAUUUAUCUGAAACAAAAGGUUGUAAAUAAUUUUUAGGCUUGCACGCCUCAUUAACAAAAAUAACCUUGAGAUACUCAAGUGAGAAGACAAUGUCUCUAGAGAUUUUGUAAGAAGCUGUGAGAUACUUGGGGCACUUAAUUAAUCUUAGGAUAAAAAAGAAGGGCCUUAAUUAAUCUUAGGAUAAAAAAGAAGGGCCUUAAUUUAAUCUUAGGAUAAAAAAGAAGGGCCUUAAUUAAUCUUAGGAUAAAAAAGAAGGGCCUUAAUUAAUCUUAGGAUAAAAAAGAAGAAGGGCAUUUUGUAAGUCCUACACCAAUGUGAGUGUGAGCACCACAGUUGACAAAUAUGAAAAAGGUAGAAAAUGAUGAGACUAAAAUGAGGUUAAAAAUUGUUGAAAUAAGCAAAACAAAGAAUGGGAAAACCUGAAAAAAUGAUGCAACAAAAUAAAAUUGUUGGGCAAGAAACCUUCGUCAGUGAACAAACAACAGUAAAAACAAUAUAAAAUUAAAAAUAAAUACAUAGCUGCAAUGCAGUAUCUGAGAUGAUGGCAAGAGGAAUGUGAUAGGACAUAAGGAGGUAAGAGAGUUAAAAUAGGCAAAAGGGAAAGGAAAAGAGGAAAAGUAAGUGCACUGUGAUUUGUCAUAGCUAGGAGGGGGAAAAGAAAAUGAUUAACAAAUGAAGGAGAACCUGAGAUUCGUGAAACAGUUUGUUCUCCAAGUUUACCCCUUUUUGACAUGUUGGUACAAGACACAAUGGCGGUGAUAGCAAAAUCCCUUGAGCCCUUGUGGUUGUUUUGAGAGCGGACAUUGCUUUUCUUUAGCAACAAUUCAAAAGGAUUCAGUACAUCAGUCCAAGAGGCGCCGUGCAGUCUCACCUAGAAACAUCAUUACACAAUAGCUUAGUACAAAGGAAACAGUCCCUAAUCUGAAAACUACCCUUAGGGAAGGGAAUCUGUUGAAUCUGGGUGACAAAAGGGCAAGUUUUGCAAUAGCUGCGUCCACAUGGAUCAGUCCGAAAGUGGGAGGGGGCAGAUCGGAUGCAACUACGCACCAGGAGAUCCCGCCGAUUCAUAUCUCCUCUUCUGAAAACAAUGAGAGGUGGGGCUGAGAAAAUUGUGUGGGUGUCAGAGUUGGCGAGGAGAAUGGUAGAGGUGAUUUUAAUAAAUUAUUUAAUUUCCUAUUGCUUUACGUGUUGAUCUCUUAUUUUAAUUUAUUCUAUGAUAUCAGUUUCAUAUUAUUAGAUGUCUUAUAAGUGUUUUGAUCUCACCAUUCAGGAUUGUACCUAAUAUAAUUUUUAUAUUUCCUCAGAUUCUUUGAAAACUGUUGUCAAGAGCUGGGUACUCUGGAGCUCUGCUGUUGCAAUUUUGUUGAUAGUUCUGUGCUAAAAAGUGUAGCUAGCAUUUGUUGCAACUUGUUAGGUAGGUCAACCAUUCUCAUUUAAAUUCUUCAAAGCUGCCCUGAGACCAGAUUUUCAUAAUGAAUCCUUUACACUCUUAGUUAGUUCAAUGCAUAUGAUCUGUGGUUGUCACGACUUGAGUUAAGAACAAUUAGAGAAACCUCUUGAUCAUGUUAUACAUCUUUUUUUAUAUGUAUAGUCCUCAGUGCAGUUGCAAUCUAAGUAUGAAAUAAAAUCUUAAUCUGGGCACCAAACUGUAUUCUACAGGGCCAUGGAAGUAUUUUAAUAAACUGAAAAUUGUAUUCUUUCUAACUUACAUUAUUUUGUGCACUUUAUUAUGAAUAUUAAAUUUCAUGGUCUUUUGACUACUUGGUUCUGGUUUAACCCUUAAACUGUGGUUGGCUGACGAAAUAUGACGACAUUCUCGUUCUGUGCUGUGGCGGCUGAUAAAAAACACGGUCCAAUAGCAACUUCCAAUCCAAUAUUUAACUGAAAUCAUAGCAUUUUCUUUUUAUUAAUAAUUAAAUCAACUUCGGGGUCAAGCUGUUUCUUGAUAACUUAACAAUAAGUACUUUUUAAUCGGAAUUUUAUAUCGCUGUUUUUUUAAAAGCAAAAAUGGCGGAAGCUCUGGCCGGGGCUUCAGUGCGAGAACUAAUAUAAAUAUUUUUGAAAGAUUUUUAGGAGAGGAUUUAAGUGAUACUGAUGAUGAUUUUAACAUUCCCCAUGACAUCUCACUUCAGAUUCUUCUUUUCGUGAAUCUGAUACUAGUCUUAGUUAUAGUGAAAUAGGCCUACUGAGGCAUCUGUUUGACUUCCAGCCAGGACCGUAGGUUGGGCAAGGGCUGACUGAAUUUUAGUCACAGGAGCUACAGAUUAUAGAUCAGAAAUAAUAAAUUUUAGAGUUUAACAACCCAAAUCAGUUCCACAGUACCUUUUAAAAUGUUUACUAGUCAAUACUAACUAUUUUGCCUGAGAUUUUGUAUUUUGUACUUGGUUUUGGCAGUGGUCCCAGUUUCUUAUAUAAAUGACCUAAAAUUACUAAAAUUGCUUUCAGAGGUUUAAUUACAAUCAAAACCUUAGCAAACUAUACAUUGUCUGAUAGAUAAAUGAAUUGGCUACAACAUUAAGAUUUGUGUUUUAAAUGUAUCUAUAAAAAAUAAUGGUGUUAUGAGUACUUGAAAGCAAGACAUUUUGAAGAUUUUAUUUUCUUGAGAACGCCAAGGUCAAGGACACUGAGCAAAAAAAAUUUUACGGGGUGAGCAAUAUGGCCACCUUAGCCCCAUCCAUUUACCUUUCUAAAAAUAUAUAAUUAUUGGGGUCUUGCAUCAAUAUUUCUAUAUCAUUUAAUGCAAUUUCAAAAGGCACUCAGAAAGUUCUGAAAAGCUUCACACUACAGAAUGAUGCAUGCCAAAGUUCGAGGGUUAAUUUAGUUUAUUGAAAUAUAGCUGCAACCCACAGAAACAUUUAGCAAAAGAAAAAACAAAGAAAAAGAUUUUUUCCUUCUAAAAUGGAUGAAAAUAAAAAAAUAUUUGUUGUAUUAAUACAGACUUGUAUUAAAAGGCCUAAUUCAAUAUAAAAUACAUUGAAAAUGGGAAGGUAUAAAAUAAAUUAGUAUAUUAAUUAUGAUUUUUUUUAAAUUUCAUUUUAUGUUCUAUACACAUAUAGUAUAAUGCAGAUGUUUAGUUUCAUUUUUUUUUUUACUUCAGAUUUAAAUUUGCUUGGCUGUACUAACAUUGAUGAUUUCUCUUGUUUGAGAAUUUUAUCACUACCAAAGCUCAGAAAAUUAAACCUUUAUAGGACGAAGAUAGAUUACUCAUCUCUUAUGGCUGUGAUACGGUGAGUAAAAGCAUCGUUACCUUUUCCUUUUGUGCCUUAGAAUUGCCAUGAUCAAUUAAGAUCAGUCUUAACAAAGAAUAUUAUCAGAUGGCAUUAUACCAACAUGAUAUGCACAAAAGAAUUGAGCCAAUAAUGAUAUCCAAGACUUGUGGUGGAAUAUUAAAAUAUUAACUCCAUAAAGUAUUCUUUAUCUUACAAACAUGAAAGGUGGCUUCUUGGUCACAUAGUUAGUAUACUGAUAAAUAUCCAGCUGCUGUCUCCCAGAAAUUGUUUUUCUAGGUUUAGACAUUGCGUUUUGACAUAAUUAAGAUUUUUUUUUUUAUCAACAGGAGUAGCCCUGAUUUGGAACACUUAAAUAUUGGAUCUUGUCAGCUCUUGAAUUCUUACAUCAAUGCCAUUUUAAUGGAGCUUGGAAGUUUUUGCAAGUACACAAUUUUUUUAUUCAAAAAUAUUUAACUCAUUUACCUUAUUAACUCAGAAAAGAAGUUAAGCUACUAGAAACAUUAUUAUAGAUUCAUUAUGGCCUUUACAAUUCAUUACUGAAGUAUAUUAUUGAAAACUGAGAAAGUAGCAAAACUGUUUUUUGCAAUCUAUUUUCUAUAUUUAAAAUGUAGUUAUUGUUCUAUAAACAAAGGAGAUCAGAUUUUUAAAAAUGGAAAUUCAAACAUUAAAUACAUCUUUAUGAAGACUUGAUGGGGCCCUUCUAAAUGAUAGGGAAUAGAAUAUUCUUCAUCCAGCAUUUGACACUUUUUGUAAUAUAUUAAUUUCUACAAUUUAUUUCAUGGAGUUGCGUAUGUUUUAUAUAUAGAUCUAACUUUUAAGAAGGAUGUACCAAAAAUAAAAUCUUAAUCAUAUGAGUUUUUUUUUAAAAGUAUGUACCACCAUGUAUGAUUGGGUGAAAAAAUAAACCACUACGAAAUUCAGAAUUAUUUCCCACUGCCAACACUAUAAUUGUAUGGUUAGAUUAUGACUUUGCCUUUUAAUUAAUUUUGCUGACAGAAAUAAAGUGAGAGAUAUAAAAAGUUGAUCAAUUAAAAUAUCUGAAAAACCUUAAUAUCUAUUUGUUUACUACCAAUCAGCUACUGGUGAGUUCCAACAUUUCUCUUAUUUUUUACAGGAAACUUAAGAGCUUAGACUUGUGGCGUAUGAAAGCUUUAAGUGAUGAAGGGCUUGAUUACCUCUAUAACAACUGUCAUGAGCUGCAAGAGUUGGAUGUUGGAUGGUGGUGAGUAGAUUAGAUUAGAUCCUUUUUUUUCUGAAGUAACCAGCAAUUUUAUAACUUGUAAUAGAAUCUAACGAGUAUAUAAUUUUCUUCACCUGCUUCUCUUGAUAUAUUUUAUUAACUAUUGCUAUAUAUCAUCUUCAUUCUAGACAUGUGCAUGGAUAAUUUACAAAAUACUUCCUAAUUUAUCUGUACUGCUCGUCUUUACUCUCUUUUACAUUUUAUUUAUUUAUUUAUUUAGGCAUUUUUUUAUAGCGCUUACCUUACAGCUCUAAGCGCUUUACAUUUGUCAAAAUGGAAUGAAUUUGCCUCAGAUAAAUUAAUUAUUUCUAUUAUUCCAGUGUUGAGCUGAAAUCGGAUAAGGAUUGCUAUUUGAACCUUGCAAAAAACUGUAAAAACUUGAGAAAGCUUUUUCUUACUGCGAACAGGUAGGGCCUACUAUAAAUUUUGUUUUAGCCCCUAGACUUUAAUCGUCUUCUGUUUAUGUGUAAAUCUCCACAACUGCCACAAGUGACAAGUUGUUUUUAAAAAAUUAUAAUGUUGCCUAUUUGUUCCCCCAUUUAUUAUUUUUGUUAACUUAUCUAGUCUUUCACUUAAAUUUGUCGUUUACUUUCACAUAUAGUUCUCAAAUACACUGCUUUAAAAAAUUAUUCAGGACUGUUCGUGAUGUUGACCUCAGGGCAAUUGCAUUAAAUUGUCCUUUUAUGGAGCAGCUUGACAUUCUUGGUACCAGGGAGGUAACCAAAGAUGCUAUUGUGCAGUAAGUAGCUAAUUGUAAUUUUCAUGACUUUGAUUAAUUUUCAUUUAUUAUAUACUUAAACACUGCAAACUUGAAGAAAAAACAUCUUUGAGAAAUUCUUUUUAAAAAAUUUAACUUGUUUCAAAGAUAAUUUCAUGCUAGGGAUAUGAUAAAUAGAUAAAUAUUCAAAUAUUAAAAUUUGAUCUUAAGUCUUUAAUAUAUUUCUAAAAUUCAUCAACAAUUUCCUUUCUUUUCAUAAUUUUUUAAUUAUCAACAGUGUUCUUGAAACUUGCAAGAAUUUGAUAUUUCUGGAUGUGUCUUUUUGCCUGGGCAUCUCACCAUCUGACGUUUGUUCUUGGCGUGCAUCAUACCCUCAUGUUUCCAUCAAAAAAAGUUUUCAAAAUAUCUCAAUCACAUAACAUUAGUUGAGUGUUAGAAAAAUUAAUUAACCUGGGCAUUUACAUUUUAAUUGUCAUUUUGAAAAUUAACUAAAAUUAAAGAUUCUGGAUAUUAUUGUGUCCUGUCCAGUGUAAUGCUUAAUGAGGGUGGUAAUCCUGUGCAUCUAGCAUAGCACAUUGAAUCCAUCUGACAACCUAAAUUAUGUCCAUUAGUCUUUGAAGUAAAUUAAAGAGACACAUUAUUAUCAGGUUUCUGAUAUCUGAUUUGAAUGUAUCCUGUAACUACAGUGUUUCAUUUUCAUAGUUCACUUUAGUUCAAAAAUUAAAUAGCAAAUAUUUAUGCAAGAAAAUUUUAUCUUUUCAUUUAGUUUUAAUUUUUUUAUUGAUAUUUAACCUUAUUAAUAAUUUUUUCCUGAAAUUAUAUAUUAAUAUAUUUGGGUAAUUAUUAUUAUUUUAUUAUAAUCACAAACCAAAGUUCAGUUUUUGUUUUUUCAACCUAUCAUAAAAUUUUAAAACAUUAGCCUGAUAUGUGCCUGACAUUGGCCUGACAUAACCAAAACAUUAAUCUGACAUAUAUUCAUAAAAAUUAAGAAUUAACUGCCACUAAGGAUAUUCAAGCUAUUUACUACUAAAAUUUUAAAAAAAUUAAAUACAGUACAUAAAUUGAAUAAAUACUGAGCAAUAAUUAAAGAUGUACAGUUUUUUUUAUGAUAAUAGCUAUAUUUAUGAUGGCCUAUUGGAACAUUUGUUAACCCUUAUCUUAUACUUUGCAUUAAAAAUCUGUCAUUUGGUGGUGAUACCUGUUUCUUUUCUUUCUGUUAUUGCGCAUAUUAAAUUCUAAUACUGGAUUUUUCUACUAUAGAUAUGAAUAUACUUGACUCUGAAUUGAAUUAAAUUGUUUAAUGUGUAUGCAUAUAAUAAUUUGUACACUUUAUAGCUAAUGAUCUAAAACCAUUAGAUUUGUUUCAGAAAGAUUUUCCACACUGUAACGUCUCAUUUGUAGGCCUAUAGCAACACAAUGCUCAACAUUUGAACACACUGUUACAUCUCAUUUGUAUAAAAACAUAGCACUAAACGUUUAACACAAUUCAACAAAAAACUUUUAAUUAUGUGCUCUUAGUUUUUUUUUAUUAAUCAUAGGGCCAAACAGGGAAAGGAAUAAUUUUUUUUAUGGAACGCAAGAGAUUGAAUUUUUUUAAGCCGCAAUUGGGCUUGCAAAUUUCUACUCCAAUUGAGUCACACUGUCUAUUUAUGCAAUCUUUUGAUUUCAUAUGUGUAAUUUCAGGUCAAGUCAAAAUAUAGAGAAAAAAUUGCUUGAUAUUCUAAUAUCUAAUAAAAACAAAAUCUCAUAAAAUGGAUUUUACUUAUAAGUAUUCAAUAUUGACAUGCCUGGUACCCAGAAUGCUACAGGUUUCCGAAAAUUGUAUAAUAAAAAGUCUAACAUUAUAUCCUAUCUUCUGGCUAAAUGUUGAAAAAACUCUCCAUUUAUGAUGUUCUGUGUAAAAAUUCACAAAUAUGAGGAAAAUCUAUUUCAUUGUACAUUUGUUUAAAUCUUAGAUCAAAAUUUGUAUGUAUUGACAUGAAAUAACCUGAAACAUUUUCUAAAUGUUAUUUUGAAAGUUUGUAUUUAGUAUAACUAACAAAAAAUUUUUUUAAUUGAAUGAACAUUGAAAUUGUUGUGUGUCUUGCUGUACUUAUUAAAUUAUGUAGUGCACCUACUAGGAUAUGG